AAACAUCAAACAUUUGGAUGUCCCCUGGGUAAUGUCCUUGCAGAUGGCCAAUUUUCUCACACCAGAAGCAACUUGCAGUUUCUCAAGUUGCUCCUGACACGGAAAAAAAAUGUUUCAAACUGCAUUCUAUGGCAGUGUAGAUCCAGCCAAAAGGGGAAUGUGGGAGGAGGAUUAAGAAAACAGAGCGUUUUAAAAGCAGCUGAAAAAAUGGGAUGACAGAACAUUAAUAGGGAUUGUCCCAGGCACUUCAAGACAAUUAGAGGCUAUGAGAUCAAGGAUAGUAUUUAUACAAUAUCCAAGCACUGAAAGCAACUGGGCUGGCUGAUGAAACUUAAUGCAACAUUGGCAUAGCCAAUGAUUCCUAUUCUCUCUUUGCUCCUAGCUUUUAAGUUUUAAUGAAUCCCCAUCGUCCCAGGUGUGAGUCAACCCUUGGCCAUAAACAGCUGGCCAAAGAGCCUGGUGUAUCUGCACGUUCCCACAGCUAAGAAUAGUUUGGUGUGUGAAUGGGGGGAGGAUGGACCAACACAUCCUGACUUUCAAUGCCCUAUUACAUCCUCUCUUUGGGAAUGUCAGGAAUCUGACCAAAAAUAUUAAUAAUAAUAACCACAACUGUUUGGAUGGAGGCUUUCUAAUGUCACGUCCUGCAAUCCAGAAUGUGGACAAAUUACUCUUUUGGAUUAUGGGAGUGGCAGUCUAAAAGUAACUCAUUCAGUGUAACCGGAGUUCGGGGGGCAAGGUCUAAAUCUUAGGUUUUGUGGUGGCAAACUGGACCAAGAUUUAUGGCAUGCACAAGGAGCAGAUGUGGUCGCAGAGGUGUUCUGCAGCAUUACCUCCAGUAUGUCAAAGGAUUCUGGGAUAUAUUUCUUUAACUAAGGUCCUUUUCACACAGCUGAAUAAAACCCCACAUUAUCUGCUUUGAACUGGAAUAUAUGGCAGAUAUUGUGGGAUUUUCUGCCUUGAUAUUCUAAGUUAUAUGACUAUGUGGAAGGGCCCUUACUUAACAAGACAUUUUGAAGGAUUAAAAGGAAUGAACACAUGCAAAUAGGAGCCAGUUGGCAUAAUGGUUUGCUUGUUGGACUAUGAUUUGUGAGAACAGGGUUUGAAUCCUCGCUCAGCUAUGAGAGUCACCGUGGGCAGUUCUCACCUGCUUGGCCUCAGAAGAGCCUGUGAUAGAUUUGUCUUAGGGCCUUUCAAUCUACACUGCCAUAUAAUUCAUAAUAUCAAGUUAGAUAAUCCACAUUAACUACUUUGAACUGGAUUAUCUGAGUCUACACUUCCAUAUAAUUCAGUUCAACAUUGAUAAUCUGGAUUUUAUACAGCUGUGUAGAAGGGGCCUUAGCAUUGCCAGAAGUCAGAAAAUAAUUGAAGGUAUACAAGAACAACAAAGUAUGUCAUCUAGAUGCCUAAAAUGAGUUUUAAAAUACACAGAAUCCGACCUUGUCCUUUGAUUUUCUGGCAACUGGUAUAGAAUCAAAAUGGAAAGGAAAACCUGGUGUAGCCUGGCAAUCCUCAACCUAUUCUGGGAUAAGGUUUUUUUGGUAUAGGACCAUUGUACAUUUUGAAAAAAUGAUGGAGGUGCAUGUGUGUUUUGACAGAGAUCUAAGUAUACAUACAUCUCCAAAUGGCACUGGGCUCAGGGAAGUGGAAAUAUGAAUGAAGUGUUAUGUACGUGUGUCAGCUAAUGUUGUUUGUUUGUACGUCUGAGUGAGAAGUCCACGGGGAAUCGGGUGCCUUUCAUGUACGUAUAGGGAGAAAUGAUGGGAAUGGGAUCCCUGCAGUGCCAAACAGGAUGCUAGGGGAUUGUGAUGAGUCACUGUGACUAUGGCGUGUGCAUGACAAAAAGCAUGUCAAACAGCCACAAACCGGAGCAGGGAUAGGAUACAGACCCUGCAUCUCCUCCAAACAUGCAGGGAAGUCCUGCCCGCAUCCUGUCUGGUUGCGAAGGCUUCUUACCAGCUUUCCGUGGCUCCACCUCCUGACUAGUGGCAUAUAAACUCCACUCCCAUCCCAGCUUGACACAGACUCUCAACUGUUGCUGGACAGACAGAACUACCUGCUUCCUAAGAAGGAAAAGAGAUCCAACUAGAUCACACUGAACUUUACUGGACUUGAUUUCUGGAGAUCCUUCAAGUCAGGAUAAUGGAUGCCAGAAGUGUUCUUGUGCUGCUGUGUUUGAUGAUGGCUGCUUCCUGUCAGCCCUGGAGGACAUCUGGAAUACCUGACAGACGGCAACCCCCUCCUUUUGCCUCCUUUCUGGAACAGCUCCUAAAGAUUCAUGGAGGAGCAAAUAAUGGAAGAGCCCCUCAGAAACCUGGGCUGGAGGCAGGUGAAAAAUCCAUCAGAUGGGAACAGCUGGAGGAAGCAAGAAACCAGCCAAACCUGUUUAGGAACUCUGUCCGUGGUCACCGAGUUCCGCGGCACCUAAUGGCUUCACCUCCUGUGCGAGGAUGCCACCUUGGCACCUGUCAGAUCCAGAACCUUGCCAAUCUGCUCUAUCGUUAUGGAGGCAACAGCCAGAAAGAUGAAUCCCACAAGAACAACAAAGGCACAACAGAUCCAAUGGGCUACGGGCGCAGGAAACGCCGGUCAGCUGGGCAUGGUGUGCCCACUCCCACUUAGAAGAUCCUGGGAUGACAGGAGAAAGACGGGCACCAACAGAACCAGGCUCUGGUCACUGCAAGGAUGAGAUGGAUAGGCUGGUAGCUUCCAGCACUCAGGAAGCUCUGCUCCAGAAACAAGGACUUGGCAAGUGGAUCCACUGUGUGAGACUUGAGAUGGGAGUGGGUUUUACCUCCAACAUUUAGCGUCCCAUGUUCCAGGGAUGCGGUCUUCAGAAUGGAUCUAUUACCUUGUUCUGUACUGCUCCCUGUUCUUAUUCUGUGAAGUGAUGUGUGUACUUCAGUUGGACCAAGUACUUGCCUCGCACAGGAGCAGAAUUCAGAACAAAGAUGCUACAAUACUCCAAGGAAAAAGGUGGUGUGCAAUCUCCAAGGAGACCCUGGAAAACCUCAGCACUGUGGCAUAGCACACAUGCCAAAGAGAAAUUGACUUUACCUACUCAUGACAUUGUGGGUAGGGUGGGGGAGCGGCAUAGGAUUAAAAGUGUUGUGGGGUCUUUUGUGCAUAAAAUGUUCUGAGACAAGAUUGAAAGUAAAUAUAUUUUUU